AUGUCAACCCCCGAUCUACCGACUUUGACCACUCUGGCGUCGGACUCGUCCUGGGAUUUGCCAGGCCAGCCGUUAGAACAACCCGGCACUGAGACGCCUGCGGGCCCAAAGACGCCGCCAAGCGCUGGACACGAGGAUGGAGGAGCCGAUCCGACUGCGGCCGCGUCACCCAAGGAUCUACUGGACGAGCCUGGUCCCACCGCCUUGGCGGGAAUACUACCCGAAAAGCUCUCGGCAGAGGUGGAGAAGGCCAUGAAGGAAGUGGAGGAGUCCUCCCUGUCGCUCUCGGGCCUCAUCCCUCCGAUGGGCCAUCCGCCCUCCCUGAGGGAGGCGGGCGCCUUUGUGGGAGCCGCUCGGAAGGCCUCACUGAAGCAGCCCCUGAAGUUCGACAAUGUGCAGGGCUUCAUCGUGGAUUGCAUGAAGCAGACGGCACGCGGUGAGCCCUCCUCCCCGUCCUCUUCCCGCGCGGACAAGGAGGAGGACCUGCCCGAGAAACCCGGCUCCGCCGAGGAGGAGCUUGCCAGGCUCAAG